AUGACGACGACGGUUAUGUCCAUAGCAGAGAAAGUGCUAGAAGGAAUCUACGGAAGCUCCAAAUCCACCCUCUCCGUAGCAAGCAUUGGAGACGACCGUGAAAAGACUCAGCGUCAUACCCAUCACCACGUUUACAAGCAUUCUUACGAUGACGGAGACGAUGAUAUUUGUUACAGCGACGAGGAUGAAUCAGCAAUGGAGCUCCUCCCGCUCGGUGCACAGAGGACCAAGAACGUUUUGAUCCUCAUGAGCGACACUGGAGGUGGUCACCGUGCCUCUGCUGAAGCCAUUCGUGAUGCUUUCAAGAUCCAAUAUGGAGACAAAUACAGGGUCAUAGUGAAAGAUGUGUGGAAGGAAUACACAGGGUGGCCAUUGAAUGAUAUGGAGAGUUCAUAUAAGUUCAUGGUAAAGCAUGUUCAGCUAUGGAAAGUUGCAUUCCACACCACAUCUCCCAAAUGGGUCCACUCUUGCUAUCUAGCAGCCAUUGCAGCGUACUACGCCAAGGAAGUAGAGGCCGGUUUAAUGGAGUACAAGCCAGAGAUUAUCAUCAGUGUUCAUCCUCUGAUGCAACACAUUCCCUUGUGGGUUCUCAAAUGGCAAGAGCUACAAAAGAGAGUCCUCUUUGUUACUGUUAUUACUGAUCUCAACACUUGUCAUCCUACAUGGUAUAAUAUAAUAAUAGGCCGGUUUGUUAUAGUCUCUACAUGUAAGAAAAUUGAUCUUUUAUCUUCUUAUGGUUUUAGGUUUCAUCCAGGGGUGAACCGGUGCUAUUGCCCGUCUCAAGAAGUGGCGAAAAGAGCGUUGUUUGAUGGGCUUGACGAGUCUCAAGUCCGUGUGUUUGGUUUGCCUGUGAGGCCAUCUUUUGCAAGGGCUGUUCUAGUGAAGGAUGAUCUAAGAAAGGAGCUUGAGAUGGAUCAAGAUCUUCGAGCGGUUCUACUGAUGGGGGGAGGAGAAGGUAUGGGUCCUGUGAAAGAAACCGCCAAGGCUCUUGAAGAUUCAUUGUAUGACAAAGACAACAAGAAGCCCAUUGGACAAAUGGUUGUUAUCUGUGGACGUAACAAGAAGCUAGCAUCUGCCUUAGAAGCCAUUGAUUGGAAAAUCCCUGUUAAGGUUAGAGGAUUCGAGACUCAAAUGGAGAAAUGGAUGGGAGCUUGUGACUGCAUCAUCACAAAAGCUGGACCGGGAACAAUAGCUGAAUCGCUUAUUCGAUCACUUCCCAUCAUCCUCAACGACUACAUUCCUGGACAGGAGAAAGGGAAUGUACCAUAUGUAGUGGAGAGUGGUGCAGGAGUGUUCACGAGAAGUCCCAAAGAGACAGCGAGAAUAGUUGGUGAAUGGUUCAGCACAAAAACAGAUGAGCUGGAACAAACUUCAGAUAAUGCAGGUAAGCUAGCUCAGCCUGAGGCAGUCUUUGACAUUGUCAAAGACAUUGAUGAGCUCUCGGAGCAACGAGGUCCUCUUGCUAAUGUUGCUUACACUCUUACCUCUUCCUUUGCCAGUUUAGUUUGAUGUCUUAUGUUAUCUUAUGUUAACAUGUCGCCUGCUUGCUCUCUUUUAUACUUUCAAUUUUGUAAUAGUAAUUUUUUUUGUUGAUUAAGUCGAAUGUAUUGUUUU